CUUGGCGCACCCUGUACAUAUCCUGUAUAUGUUGAAAUUGAACAUUUUUCAAGAAAAUUUAUUGUUUUUGUAUUUUCGAAGGGUCAAAAUCUGACUUCCUCAUCAUAAGAGAGGAUCAUGGCUGCUACUGGGCCGUACAAUUAUUCUUACAUAUUCAAGUACAUCAUAAUUGGUGACAUGGGUGUGGGAAAGUCGUGUCUUCUUCAUCAAUUUACAGAGAAGAAAUUUAUGGCCGACUGCCCUCAUACUAUUGGUGUAGAAUUUGGAACUAGAAUCAUCGAAGUAGCCGGUCAGAAGAUAAAGUUGCAGAUUUGGGACACAGCUGGUCAAGAGAGAUUUAGGGCUGUAACACGAAGCUACUACAGGGGUGCCGCAGGAGCAUUGAUGGUAUAUGAUAUUACAAGGAGAAGUACGUACAAUCAUCUCAGUAGUUGGUUAACUGAUGCAAGAAAUCUUACAAAUCCUAAUACGGUCAUAUUUCUGAUUGGUAAUAAGUCAGACUUAGAUGCACAGAGAGAUGUCACAUACGACGAGGCAAAACAAUUUGCAGAAGAAAAUGGAUUAUUAUACUGUGAAGCUAGUGCGAAAACUGGAGAAAAUGUCGAGGAAGCGUUCUUGGAAACGGCGAAAAAGAUUUAUCAGAAUAUUCAGGACGGAAGUUUGGACUUAAACGCUGCUGAAUCUGGCGUUCAACACAAACCAUUGACAGGUCGAACACCCAAUGCAAUCGCUACUGAUCAGAAGGAAUCCCAGGACAAAUGCAACUGCUAAGUCGUGUCUGGCUGGUCUUUCUUAUCCAGUAUAUAAAUAUUGCUAAUUCUAUAGAAGUAAUAGCUAGUGAUGUGGAACAAUGAUAAAUCACGGAUUCACCGACUUUAAUGAAUGUUGUGUGUCAAGUAGGUGUUUGACACCUGGUAAAAAUUAAAUCAGGAUGUCCAUAGCGCUUUAAAAGACACGUCGAGGGCACGUGCAUGUACGUCAAAAUUCUUUAAAGAAAAUCAUGAACAAAGAAUGCUAACUUAUAGAAAGUCAUCGUCAGUGAUUUUUGUUUAAUUUAAUCGCUACAUGCCAUCGACUUGCCAUUCAGCCGGAUCAGGAAACAGGGCACCCCUCCCCCCCGAAUACAAUCAAAUUGUAGGACGGAGUAUUCUCACGAAAAACCAUCCAGGGGUUGUUGCCCUCUUUGCUGCACCGGCCGGCUGGUGAAUGUGUGGCGUAUUGCGUUAACAUAAAAAUCACUGGACGUAAUGGAGUGUUUGUUUGUAUUCUUUGCCAAUAGUUUUAAUUUUUUUCCAGUGUCACCUUGCGUUUAUAAAGUCAGAUGAAAUCUUGUGCCCUUCGUGUUUUCUAGAGUGUAACAUCACUUGAUUUUUGUGACUGGCUAAGAUUAGUUUGAAUUCUCGCCCAAAUUCAUCAUCAUGGAUUAAUGAGGAUCUGUCACCACCAUACCUAGACAUCGUUUUUCUCUUCGUUUGUAUAACAUAGAAUUUUGAAAAUAUAAAUUUCAUCCUCUUA